CCUUGCAGGCCCGAAAAAUGAACAAGGUCUAUGAUGCUAGCCGCGCCGACGAAGCCCCAAUCAACGCCCUUCCCGACGACGUGCUGAAACUCAUCUUUGAAGAAGCUUACGAGCACAGACUCAACCAGAGCUGCCAAUGCGGUUAUGCCACCGUUCCCACUCACGUCUCGUGUCGCUGGCGGCGGCUUGCUACUUCUCUCCCGUACCUUUGGAGAUACAUUCAUGUCACCCCUUCCAUGGACAUGCUCAAGCUCUAUCUGGAUAGAACAGAGCUCCUUCCCCUGUUCAUCCGUUGCUCGGGCACCGAAACAGAUGAAGACGAACAGCCUCCAGAACCAGAGGGGGUAACGACUAGGCACAUGCCGUGCCUAGAGUCUCUUCUCGCCGAUUACGCGGAUCGCAUUCAGCUCUUAGAUAUCAGCAGCUGCUACGGCCACGUUCUUGCCCAGCUGCUCUACACGAUGCAGCAGCGCUCCCUGCCGGUACUGUCCUAUUUGAGCAUCAGCAAUCAGAACCUUGACCCUGAGGACGACAUGGAGGCCGAUCUUCGUUUCCAGCUCUGUUAUCCGAAUCUCAAGGACCUUCAUCUCUUAGCGCUGCCAGUGGAAUAUUCCUCUUCUUCCUUCGACAGCUUGCGAAGCCUAUGCAUUACCCAUUGCAACAUCAGCAUCCUAGAUCUGCAUGCGCUGUCAAACGCUGCUCCGCAACUCUCAAGCCUGACUCUCAGCUCUGUCGGGUCUGUCAUUGGGAUAAACAACAUUAUACCCUUUCCCAGUCUGCAGUCGCUCACUUUUAUCGACGAAUAUUUCACCGUCGAGAAACUCGGAAUCCUGGACCAGAUGGAUGCACCGAUACUUAGACGACUAUGCGUCGACACAUUCCUGGAUUCCAGGACCAAUCAACCCCAGCCGCCUCGUGCAUUCCCGAGCAUCCGCGAACUCUGCUUCCGAAACACAUAUAUGUACGCAUACUCGCCGACAUAUGACGGCAAUCUCUUCUUAUAUGCGCCUAAUGCGGUGCACUUCGAGCUUCGCAAUGAUCGAACAAAAGGCUCGCCCGUCUUGCGGUGCCUCGCGGAGAACCCUGCCUUCCUUCCCUUGCUACACACUGUGUUAGUCACCGGCCCCCGCAAGCUUGACUGUUACACGGUGCUUCAAGACCUUGUAGCGCGGCAGGCGCAGCGGGAAGGUCCCUUGAAGGAGCUGAGGCUGGAGCGCGAGGUAAUUGAUGAAAUCGGGGCGGAAUUGGAGGAGGUCGGGAACGGAAUAAUACAGAUCGUGCUCGCUGAUUAGUGGAGACAGAACAGACAGAAUACGCCGCACCACGGUCUGUCCAACCCAAGCGCCACGUUUUCAUGCUUAUUGUACUGGUUCGCAUUUCAUCGUUGUUGGAAGGUCGACUGCGACGAUAGUGACAUUGAGGAAGC